GAUCACGGAACAAUUCACAUUCAGAAUUUGAAGUUGUCAGGACUGCUGACAAGUCAACCAUGACUCCCUUCCUUCUGCUGUUCGUUGCCUUGGCAACCGCCUCUCCAGCAAAGAGACAGACUAGCGGGCUGGAUGCCAACGGUGACGGGCUGAUCUCUAAGGCUGAAGUUCUCAACGCCAUGUCUCUUCACGAGGCUCUUGUCGCCCUGGAUAGAGAUGGAGACGGGUUCAUCUACCUGGCGCAGAUCGUCGAGCUGUGGGGAGUGCCAACCAUGUUCCAUCAACUGAACACCGACGGAGACGACCACCUCACCUUUAGAGAGAUUGAAAACGGAAUGACCCUGAGCACCUUUUUCGACCAGUUCGACUUUAAUGGUGACGGGGUGCUGAAUGUUCCUGAGGCUUACCAGCUGAACUACAUUUACGACACCAUCAACAACAACAACGGCCCCGCACCAGAUAACCCUCUGGACUCUAACGGGGACGGCAGACUCUCCAGCCUGGAGGUGCUCAGCCACAUGACGUACGACGAGGUUCUGAACGCCUUGGACACUGACGGGAACCAUCGGCUCACCUCGGUUGAGCUUGCCGUACUCCUGGGCUCCGAAACUCAAGACUUCAUUCACGAUCAAGACGACAACGACGACGGGGUGGUCAGUUUUGGCGAGGCGCACGACAACCACGGAAACCUGGAUAACUUCUUCGAUAGACUGGACCAGGACGGUAGUAACUACCUAGAAGCAGAUGAAUCGGCUCCACUCUACACGGUGUGGAACAUCAUCCAGGCUUGAGGUCCCGUCACUGGCUAAGCUGGGCCCUGUACUGUGGUGACCAGACUGCAGAUUCACUAGAGGCGACAGCAAGGCGAAAAUGAGGACUGACAUUAAAAUGAAAUCAAAUCA